UCCUGGCCCUCCUUCUCCGUGACGGCUAUCGCCCCCCCUCCCUUCCUGUCGCAGCUCCCCGCGCCAGUCCUACCGCUCCCCGGCCACACCGCCCAGGCCUCCCUUCGCGCCCCCUCGCCUGGCCCUCGGACGGGCAGACCCCGCAAUCAUGGCCGAGCCGCCCCCCUCGCUGAUCGGCAUGCCGGAGCUGAUCCAGCUGCCCGACCUCCCUCCUCUGCCGUCGGUCGGCAGCCUUCCCCUGCCGCCGGUGGGGGGGCUUCCGCCUCUGCCGACGGUCGGCGGGCUGCCGCCGCCGCCGAUGGAUUUGCCGGACCUGCCGCCGUCGAUGAUCGCCGAUCCGGUGCCCGGGGCCAUGGGUCUGCCGGACUUGACGGCGCCGGCGGCCGGGCUCCCGCCCCCGCCGCUCGCGCUCCUCGCUCCACACGGCCCCACCCUGACGCCGGCCCCGGGGGAGAGGCCCGAGGACGGGGCAGACCCGGCGUUCCUGUCCGACCGGCGGGUGGCCCAGUUUGUCCGCGCCAAGGCCGCCUCCGCGCCGGCGGCCGUGAAGCUGGUCCAGAGUGUCAACGAGGCCUGCCAGGUGCUGGAUUCGAUCGAGCGCGCGGUUGGGGACUUUUUCGACCGGAUUGAGAUCUCCUGCUCAAGUCAGUACUCCAUGGCUGAUGCCGAAGACGAUUACCAGCGUAUCAUCGCGCUCCUGGGCGAGCUCGAACUCAUUCUCGACAAGAACCACCUGCGCUUCCUUUCGCCCGCCCCGUCGCCAGCUGCCAACUCGGCGCUCGAGCGGCUCGAGACCAUCCGCACCGCGUCCGACGUGCUCAAGGAGCACGUGCACAGGAUACGCUCGAACGCCCAGCGCGCGGUCAAUCGUCACGCCCCUGUGUAAUACACACAUGAUCACAGCUUAUCU